AAGUGGUUUGAGGGCGCGUGCGCCCUGUUUCCGCGGUAAUUGGGCAGUUUCAGUUACUGGUUUGAAGAGACCCCCCCCCCCCUCCGCCCCAGUGCUUGGGGUUCCUGCCCCACCGUCUCGCCCUUUUUUCUUCCUCGCCAGAGCAAGUGUGCGGGCUUCGCCUUCCUUCCUGCUAACCGCCGCCGCCGUCCCGCCGCGGCGCGACCCUCAGAGCUAAAAUGAGUCUGUUUGGAACAACCUCCGGUUUUGGAACUGGUGGGACCAGCAUGUUUGGCAGUACGACCACAGAUAAUCACAACCCUAUGAAGGAUAUUGAAGUAACAUCUUCUCCUGAUGACAGCAUCGGGUGUCUAUCAUUCAGCCCACCAACCUUGCCGGGGAACUUUCUUAUUGCAGGAUCAUGGGCCAAUGAUGUUCGCUGCUGGGAAGUCCAGGACAAUGGGCAGACCAUUCCAAAAGCCCAGCAGAUGCACACUGGGCCUGUCCUCGAUGUCUGCUGGAGCGACGAUGGAAGCAAAGUAUUUACAGCAUCGUGUGACAAAACUGCCAAAAUGUGGGACCUCAACAGUAACCAAGCAAUACAGAUUGCACAGCAUGAUGCUCCUGUUAAAACUAUACAUUGGAUCAAGGCUCCAACCUACAGCUGUGUGAUGACCGGGAGCUGGGAUAAGACUUUGAAGUUUUGGGAUACACGGUCAUCAAAUCCUAUGAUGGUCUUGCAGCUCCCUGAAAGGUGUUACUGUGCUGACGUGAUAUACCCAAUGGCCGUAGUGGCAACAGCAGAGAGGGGUCUGAUUGUCUACCAGCUAGAAAAUCACCCUUCCGAAUUCCGGAGGAUAGAGUCUCCGCUGAAGCACCAGCAUCGAUGUGUGGCUAUUUUUAAAGACAAACAGAACAAGCCGACUGGUUUUGCCCUGGGGAGUAUUGAGGGGCGAGUUGCUAUUCACUACAUCAACCCCCCAAAUCCCGCCAAGGAUAACUUCACCUUUAAAUGUCAUCGAUCCAAUGGAACCAACACUUCGGCUCCUCAGGACAUCUAUGCGGUGAACGGGAUCUCCUUCCACCCUGUUCACGGCACCCUCGCGACCGUGGGAUCCGAUGGUAGGUUCAGCUUCUGGGACAAAGAUGCCCGAACAAAGCUCAAAACCUCGGAACAGUUAGACCAGCCAAUAUCGGCAUGCUGCUUCAAUCACAACGGCAACAUAUUUGCCUACGCGUCAAGUUACGACUGGUCCAAGGGACAUGAAUUUUAUAAUCCUCAGAAGAAAAAUUACAUUUUCCUACGUAAUGCAGCUGAAGAGCUAAAGCCCAGGAAUAAGAAGUAGAGGCCUGAGACCUGUGGGUUGUGAGGAGUUAGGACUCCACGAUGCCUCAUCUCUCUGGAUGUUGCCCCAGCCGUUGGUGGCUGCCAGCCGUGGACGGGAGGAAAUGGUGUCCUUGGUCAGCCGUCAGCGGGCCGUCCUUGGCCACUUGCCGCUCCCUUCCACUGCCUGCUGCAGUUCUCCUGUAGCUCUGAGGGGACUGAAAGGACUGCAGAGGUUAGAUUCUGCUGGGCAGCGCGGGGCUUGGGCAGUGCUUCGUUGGCGGUUUCUGUGGGAGUAUUGGAAAACCGUGUGUGAGCCCUGUACUGUAUUUUGUAAUAAAGUAUUUUAAAGACUGC